AGCUUCUCAGAGUGGCGGGGGCUUCUCAGAGUGGCGGGGGCGCGCCGACCUUCAGUGUACGAGCGUCAGGUCGACUACACGGCCGGUGGGCCACGCGGGCCGUCGUCCACGCGCAGCACAAUGUCGGGGAGGCACGUCUUGCGUGUCCGGGCCUUAUAUAGGCGUAUCUUGCAGCUACACCGGGUUCUGCCCCCAGACCUCAAAGCCUUGGGCGACCAAGUGAAGCUGCCAUGGCAGAACAGACUAGAUCUUCGUCCUGACAGGUUAAUGAUGGCUGAAGAGACAGCUGAAGCUUGCCUUUACAGCUAUCACAAAAGUUAUGAUAUGGCUUAUGCAGCAGUGUUAUGGCAACAAGAUAAGGACAAUAGACAACAUUCAACUGAAAAAGCGUGUUUUGGCAUCUCUCUCUCUGAAGAAAAGCUUAAUGACUUUCGUGAUGAGCAAAUUGGACAGUUACAGGAGCUGAUGCAAGAAGCUACUAAACCUAAUCGGCAGUUUAGCAUUACGGAGUCCACAAAACCAAAUGUUGAUAACAAUAAAGCUUAACAGGACAUACUAAA